AUGAAGGUGCCGACGCACGACGCCGCGCCGGGGGCGAAGUCGUACGGCGGCAUGGGCGAGCGCGUGCUGCGCGCGAUGGGAUGGUCCAAGUGCGCGCGACCGACGACCGAGGCGACCGACGCGACCGACGACCGGCGGCGGGACGCCCGACCCCGAAGAGAAGAGCGGAGACUGACGGCGCGCGAACGACCCCGCGCGCGCGACAGGGGCGAUGGACUGGGGAAAAGACGACACGGACGCGCGGAGGCGAUCGAGGUGGUGAAGCGCGAGGAUAACGCGGGCGUGGGGAAGAGGAAGACGAGGUACGCGUGGGACGAAAAGUGGUGGGAGGGGACGUACGCGAACGCGGCGAGCAAGAUUGCGCGCGUCGUCGGAGGCGAGGAGGAUGGGAAGACGACGUCGUCGACGUCGACGUCGGGACGCGAUGGAGACUCGAGCGAGAGCGAGGAUUCGAGCGAGGAUGAAGUCGCGGCGAGACUGGGGACGGCGACGGGACGCGACGGCGUGGCGUUUAGCGGAUCGAAGAGCGAUUUGCAGCUCAUGCGAGAGCUGGCGGAGGAUAAUCAUCGCGGAUCCACGUUCGGUGGGCGCGUGGGUAAGCUCGAACGCAUCGCAAAGUUUGAGGCGGAACAGUUGGCCAAGUAUGGGAUUCAACGCGGGAGCGCGUCGGCGCCCGCCGCCGCGGAGACGAAGAAAAAGCCAAAGGAAAAGUCUAAGAAGGACAAGAAAAAGCGCAAAUCCGACGGCGAAGGUGCGGUCGAAACGACGGUGAGACCUUCGGGCGUGUCGUACGAGGGUGAAAAGUCUUUGAGCACCAAACUCAGCGAUUGGUGGACGCGCGCGGGUUUCGCCUGGGGCGGCUUGGUCGGCUCGAAACGCGAGCGCGACUUGAACGACGACGGCGCCGCGGACGACGAAGACGGCGCCGAUCGCGCUAAGCGCGGCAAGGGAUUCACCGAGAACGAUCAAGAGGCUUUAUUUAAAUCCGCGCACGAAACAAACGUCGCCAAGGGCACGAAGCGAGGUCUCGGCGGCAGAGGCGUGUUGAAGAGCGAGUGGACGGGCGUCAGACGAACCGACUUCGGCGACGACGACGACGACGACGUUGCGAAGAACGACGCGCGUCGGAAAAACGAAAAGGCGAAGAAGGAGAAGAAGGAGAAGAAGGACAAGAAGGAGAAGAAGCAAAAGAAGGAAAAGAAGGAAAAGAGUAGAACUGUAGAAGUAGCGCGAUAG